CAGUGGGAGGGGUUACACAGUAUUUGAACACCGAACCUUUGCUCCUUGCAUACUUUCGUUUACCUAUCUUCAUUUUUUAUGUUUACGGGUGACGUGUUAACAGCUCUUUUUUAAAGUAUGUAAGUACUAGAAGAAGUACUAGGCACAAGAAGCAGGCAGUCCAAGCAGAUAUGUGAACUUUAUUUUGACAGUUUUAGUAUGGGUGUGUUCAAGUACUCUCUACUAGACUUCCUCAUAGUUUGCGUGGGUCUAGUGUUCCUACUGCUGGACAUAGUGCUGGAUAUAUGUGCUGUUGUGUCUUUCUACCAGGAAGAGGCUUAUGUAAGCCUCGGGAUCCUGCUGCUGUUUCUCCUGGGCUCGUCCUUUCUUGUCCAGGCCUUCAGCUGGCUGUGGUACAGCUACGAGGACUUUGAGAGGCUGACCAAGGUUGAGCAAUGCCUGAGCCAGUGCCAGCUAAAGAUUCUUCACGUGUUCCAGCUGGGAAUCUACUUCAGGCAUGCAGGUGUUGUAGAGGUCUCUUUGCGGAGUUUCUUCUUUGCGGAGGAGGCUGACCCCGGGAGUUCCGCUGUGUACCUGAGCCACGACCUGAGCAUGCUGCGGCUCAUAGAGACCUUUUCAGAGAGCGCCCCUCAGUUCGUCCUCAUGCUCACCAUCAUUAUGCAGCGCGGCGAGCUCGACGCUGUGACAGUGUUGAAGGCCUUUGGGUCGGCCUCAGCCAUCGCCUCCAGUGUGACCAUGUACCACCGCUCCCUGCGCUCCUUCCUGCCCGACAAGAAGAAGCAGCAGAUGAUUUCAUCUGCGGUCUACUUUCUCUGGAACCUGUUUCUCAUCUCAUCUCGCCUCACCGCACUCGCCCUCUUUGCCUCCAUGCUGCCGUGUUUCAUCUUCACCCACUUCUUUUGCUCUUGGGUGGUUUUAUUCUUCUUCGUCUGGCGAUCCAAGACGGACUUCAUGGAUAGCCCUUGCGGAGAAUGGCUUUACCGAGCCACUGUGGGCCUCAUUUUGUAUUUUGACUGGUUUAAUGUGGUUGAGGGGAGGACAAGGUACAGGACUAUGCUCUAUCAUGGGUACAUGUUUGUUGACAUUUCGCUCCUCUGCAGUUUGUGGUGCUGGAAGAUGAUAACAGAACCGCCUUAUUUUGAAAUUCAACCCCUGUAUGCUGGCAUCACUGCUGGCAUUGUGAUUGCAGUUUACAUCCUUGGUCUCAUAUCAAAAAUGAUAUAUUAUAGCUGCUACCAUCCAAACCUUGCUAAAGGGGAGUUGAAAGGAGACACCACUAAAGGGUCCAAAGCUGGACAGGGACCUAUUAGGAUGAGCGCCCUUGCUGAAGAUGAGGUAGACUUUGCUAUGUGCCAACUCGAGGUUUUACACAUAGACCAUGACAUAGAGGAAGACGUUACAAAUCGCAGCGGACCCAGCCCACCAGCACACAACAUCAAGCGCUGCAACAAAAGAAUGAGGAAGUUGGCUGAAAACUUCUACUCCUGACCUGCAUCACUUGAGAUCCACCAGACACGAAAGGUUAGACUGAGUCAUGCAGACUUGACCUUAUCAGUCAAGAUCAUGGGUUUUUUGGGGACAGGAGUGUAACCUGCUUCCUAAAUAUCCGCGGAUUCAACUUAGGUUCAAGUCAAGACUGCUGUAUUCUCGUAAGUACUGUCUGUGCUGUACUAACUGUGUACCAAUGCACAUGAAGCUGCCAAUCAUUAUUACUUCUGCCAAGUUUUUGGUUCAGUCUGCCUGUUUGUGGCCUUGUUUAUCUGUCAGCAGGAUUAUGGAAAAAACUACCGACCAAAAUUUCAUGAAACAUUGUGGGAUAGGGCAUUGUUUAGUAGGUCUGCACCUUCUGCUUGGCAUUGAAGUUUAAUUAGUUUUAACUAUAAAUAUUAUUAACGGAUGCACUUAUGUUCUUCCUGAAUGGCAACAUUCCUCGACAAGAACCAGAUGUUUUUGUAAAUGUGUUAAAGAAUUUAUUUAUACCUGAUGUGGCUUGUUAAUAUGUAAUUGUACUUUUUUUUAAGUGUACAUGAUAUGAUUUUCUGUAUUUUCUGUCAUAUCUACAAUGUUAUGUCGGAUUUUCUAAUCCUUGUGAGCCAAAAUGCUCAGAUUUCCAACUGUUGUGAACGCUUCAACAGUUUUUUCUGCUCUGGGCUGAGUGUGAUGCUACACCAAAGACAUUAAAUAACAUGAAGCCUUGACUGCACUUCACGCUGUCAGCAUUACAGAAACUCUCUUCUCUGGCCUUCUAUGAUUGGCCAUCUGCUCCAGGUAGGAAGGACUCUAGUGUGUUCUGCGGUGGCGUUACCAUGUUGCAUGUAGCUACAUGCUAACGGCAGUAAAAUAUGUCAUCUUGGCUGGCAAUGUUUGUUGUUCAAUUCUCCACAAUUUCGGGUCACAUUACUCCUGGAAGAUUUACUAUGUAGUAUUUGGUUUAAAAGCUUUUAUCUGCGAUGUUUGAGUGUAGAAAGUGUAUAGCUACUUCACUGCUAACUAUAGUAGCUAGCUAUAUGCUAACGGCAGUAAACGAUGCCAAUGUUGUUAAAUUCUCCCCAAUUUCGGGUCAAAUUACUGUUGAAACCAUAGACUGUUAAUAUUUUAUAUUAAUGGACAAAGCAUCCGUUUGGUGAAGUGCUGCAAAUGCGGACGUGCCUUAAACCUGAAUUCUAUCUGAAUUCCAGCAGAGGGGGACACGUGCGGUUGCAAAAGGGGGGUUGGUUUCUUUAGAAGUCUAUGAGAAAGGGACCCACCUCUCACUUGAUUUAUUACCUCAGUAAACAUUUUUAUAAUGUCUCACUCGCUAGUUUUUAGUCUUCUGCAACUCAAAAUUAUGAUUUAAAAAAAAAACUACGGCCUCCUUGAUUUCAAAAUCGACGAUAAAGCAGGGGGUGUUUUGGGGCGUGGCUAUGAUGUGAUUUACAUGUCGUGGCCUGUCUUAUAUCUAUAAUGUAACUAUUGGACAAAGAUAUAUUUAAAACCUAGUAAAGCUAAAUGGUACCUCUAAUUAUGUAGAAUAGCUUUUAUUUGUGACUUUUCACGGUACAAAGUUCCACUAUAAACCCGUUUGCAGUAGCUCCAGUGGUUUUUAGUAAAAUAAAACCGGGGUGCAGGGGAGAUUCCAGGCAACCCGCUGGCCAAUCAGAGCAGACUCCUCUUUGUGGGAAGAGGGGCUGAUCCAGCAGUGUCUAAUACAAAGGGUGACUACAGGAGCAGCAGCCGUGGGCAGUAUGAAAAAGAUAGUUUUUUGAGUAUUAAAGCAUGUAAAGAUGUUCUAGUACAAACACAACAUACCUAAAGUAUGAACCUUGAAAAUGCUAUACAACAGUUCCCCUUUAAACCAACAAAUGAACAGAAAAUGUAGUCAAACUUUUUAAAGUUUAUUUACACUGUAUUGAGUGUCUUAGGUACACAGGGAAACCUUACAGGACUGCGUUGAGCUACUGUGGGGGGGGGGGGGG